AUGACUCGAGCCCGAUUCGCCGUCUGGCUCGUCGCCGCUGCCGUUGCUUUCUUUCGACCAAACCGUGCUCGACGGCGUGGGAUGGACUCCUACACCAUUGCCCGUCGCCAACUCGACCAAAUCGAGGGCAGCACUGGUCCCCUCACUCCUUUCGCCGACGUCUGCAUCAUUGGGUCAGGCAUCUCGGGCUUGUCCGCGGCUUACAAUCUCGCGGACGAGCCUGGUCUAGGUGUUGUCGUCUUUGAGGCACGCGAUUUCUGCUCUGGGGCUACAGGUCGCAACGGUGGUCAUUUGACGCCUUAUCUCUUCCAAGACUUCCGAAAGAAAGCGCUCCAAUUUGGUUCAGCACAAGCCAAAGCCGGGUUCGAUCUUGAACAGUACAACGCGCGCGCGCUCGUCAAGAUAAUCCAAGACGAGGGCAUCGCGGACGCGAUUGACCUUGUUCACGGCGGCCACACGUGCAUCCUGAUGUCCGACGAAGACUGGGACGAUCUUCAAAACGAUUUCGAGGCAGCGCGCGCAGCGGGGACGGACUUGAGCAGUGUGGCGUGGUUCACCAAGAAAGAGAUGUACGAGAAAUAUGGCACGCACUAUGCUGGAUUCACCUUCGACGUUUACAACCUCUGGCCACUCAAGCUUGUGACCCAGUUCUACCACAUAGCCAAGCGCCGUCUGCAGUCCUCUUCCGGUUCUCUUUCGCUUCACACCAACACUCCGGUAAACGAAGUGUUACCUUCCGGAGAAGAUUGGGAGCUUGUCACCCCACGCGGAUCAACCACGUGCAAAUACGUCCUCCAUACCACGAACGGCUACGCAGGCCACCUCCUCCCUUCUAUGAGUGGUGAAGCGGGCAUUGUGCCCGGGCGCGGCCAGGUUGUCACUACACACUUACGGAACACGGGGAUGAGCUCUUGGUCGAACUUGAAGGGCGAUGAGUACUGGUUUCCUCGCCCUGGCGGAGCCGAAAGUCCUCUCAUCAUUCUAGGAGGUGGGGGUCACACGUCUGGUGUCGUCGACGACUCAGUCACCGAGCAACACUACCAUAACUUCCUCCUCAAGUUCCUACCUGAGGUGUUCGACACUCCUCAAUACGAACCCGAGAUGGAAUGGACAGGAAUUAUGGGUUUCACUAGUAUUGGUGAUCCUUUUGUCGGCCCUCUCGAGCCGCUUGAAGGGAGGAGCUUCAAAGGGCAGUACAUCUCUGCGGGCUUCUCUGGACACGGCAUGCCGAGGACCUUCGCAAGCGCUCAAUCGGCAGCGCAGAUGAUCUUGGCCAAUCUUCAUGGAGAAACGUGGGCGCAGCCCGAAUGGAUCCCUGACAGGUUCCUUACGUGGAACAGGGUGUAG